AUGAACGCUCCCGACAGGUACGAGAGAUUCGUCGUCCCCGAGGGAACGAAGAAGGUAUCAUACGAGAGGGAUACAAAGAUCAUCAACGCCGCCUCCUUCACCGUCGAGCGCGAGGACCACACCAUUGGCAACAUCGUCCGCAUGUCAGUAUACCAUCGUGGUCUCGAUCCCUUUCUUCCAUCACGAACUGGAAUAGCUCGUGUGUGCGUCUUUUUAAUCGUCUCCUUCACUUUUUCGACGUUAUCAUCAGUUUCUCGUUGUUACCAGGCAGCUGCACAGGGAUCCGAAUGUUCUGUUUGCGGGGUACAAGCUCCCUCACCCUCUGCAGUACAAGAUUAUCGUCAGGGUUCGUGAUCCUCUACGAAACCACUGGAUGUUCUAUUCCUUCGACUGCUUUGUUGGAUACACUGACCAUACAUUGCGAAUUACCGAUCUUUCGCAGAGCUAGGGUUGCCGUCAUUCCUCUGAAUAUUUCAUAAUGUUCUUACGUACCUGUUUCACUUCCUUCUCGCCCUUGCAGAUACACACGACGAGCCAGUCCUCUCCGAUGCAGGCUUACAACCAGGCCAUUACGGAUCUCGAUAAGGAGCUCGAUUACCUGAAAAGUGCUUUCGAGGUCACAACAAUGCUCCAUCCCUUUUUAUCUUAUCUCUACGUCUUUCAAACCUCAUCCCUAUCUAGAUACCCAAAUGUCUACUCUUCCCGUCUCCAUUUAUUAAGUAAACAUUAUGAACAAAUCUGUUGUUUAUCCUAGUCCUCAGAUGAAAAUGGAAGAACAACAAGGAAUGGAAAUUUAGUGUUUUCAAGUAAUAUUAUUAAGGAUUUCUGGUACGGUGGAGGAGCUUCCACGAAGAAGGGAGACAAAGGAGAGAAUUAGUAGAAAACUAAGAAGAGUAGACAUGGAGUAUUAA